AUGACCUACGGCUUUGCGGCCUUUGCGGCCUUGUUGCCUGCUAUCGCUUUUGCUGCCAUUGGACCUGUUGCUGAUCUUCACAUCGUGAACAAGCAGAUUGCUCCAGACGGUUUCAGUCGCGACACCACCCUAGCAGGCGGAACCUUUCCGGGGCCUUUGAUUAAGGCUAACAAGGGCGACGAAUUCAAAAUCAAUGUAUACGAUGAUUUGACAGACGACAGGAUGGAGCUAUCUACCUCCAUUCAUUGGCACGGUCUCUUCCAACAUACCACCAACUGGGCAGAUGGUGUUUCUUUUGUGACACAAUGCCCUGUCGUGCCCCAGCACUCCUUCCUAUACGAUUUCCAUGCUCCUGGACAAGCAGGGACCUUCUGGUACCAUUCGCAUAUUGCUACGCAAUACUGCGAUGGUUUAAGAGGUCCGUUGGUCAUCUAUGACCCUGCCGAUCCGUAUGCCUACAUGUAUGAUGUGGAUGAUGAGAGUACUGUGAUUACUCUGGCCGACUGGUACCACUAUCUGUCCAGCGAUGCUCCGACCAUCCCAGCACCGAAUACGACUUUAAUCAAUGGGCUAGGGCGGACCGUGAAUGGCUCCGCCACCCCACUCGCAGUCGUUUCGGUGGUACAGGGCAAACGUUAUCGCUUCCGACUCGUCGGCAUCUCUUGCGACACCAACUUCGUGUUUUCAAUUGAUCAACAUAAUCUGACCAUAAUCGAGGCAGACGGGAACAAUGUGCUGCCCUUGCUUGUGGACUCGAUUCAAGUCUUGGCUGGUCAACGAUAUUCUGUCGUCGUCCAAGCAAAUCAACCAAUUGACAAUUAUUGGAUUCGUGCGCAACCCAAUGAUAUCGCUCAGGGCUUUGACAAUGGUCGGAACUCUGCCAUUUUGCGUUACAACGGCGCUCCCACCACAGAUCCAACGACUCCUCUCGUCAACAGCACAAUGCCAAUGGUGGAAACCAACCUUCAUGUGAGUGUCAUGUCCAUCAACCCUGGAAACCCUGUUCCUGGUGGAGCUGAUAUCAACAUCAGAUUGGUCUCAUCGAUUAAUAACACUUACUUCGCGAUGAACGAUGUAAUAUUCGUUCCGCCCUCUGUUCCUGUCCUCCUUCAAAUCAUGAGUGGAGUCAAGCGCGCUCAGGAUUUACUUCCUAAAGGGAGCAUAUAUGGCGUGGAACGCAACAAAUCAGUCGAACUCGUUAUCCCCGCACUCGGGCUGGCUGGUCCCCACCCAAUGCACUUACAUGGUCAUGCUUUCUCGGUUGUACGCAGCGCUGGGAGCAGCACAUACAAUUUCGAGAAUCCCGUUCGCCGCGACGUAGUCAGUAUGGGCAAUGACGGUGACGAAGUAACCAUUCGCUUCUUCACCGAUAACCCCGGCCCUUGGUUCUUCCACUGCCAUAUUGACUGGCAUCUCGCCGCCGGAUUCGCUGUCGUCCUGGCUGAGGACGUUGCCGAUGUUCCUCUUGUUGACCCGACGCCAGCUUCUUGGAAGGCCUUGUGUCCAACCUACAACGCCUCGUCUCCCUCUGUUCAUGUGCGCCCAUUGCCAAAGGCACAGGGCUUCCCUCAGUGA